GGGGCUUUUUACAAACCAAACAUAUCCGCUCUUAUCAAGCCCAUUUACGUAUUUGUAAACAUUGAACCAAAUAGGCGAGAUGCUACGGACGCGUGGAGAAAAUACGUGAACUUUGGUGAUUUUUUUCUCUCCAAAAGUUCAUUCAAGCUGAGAAUACGGACGUAUAUCUAUGAACUCUGAGUUUAAAACGUAAAAAAAAAUGAAGAGUAUUGUUGUUAUUGGACUACUGUUGCUGGUGAUGCCGAGGGGCUAUGAAAAUCGUGUUAUUUCACAAAGUCUUAUAGAAAUGUUGGCACGAGAACAAGAUGACAACACGAGAGCAGAAAAUCUAGAUGUCAAUGUACAAGUGCCAUUGCUCCGCCCAAAACGUGACCCAAGACCGCCUUCUGACCUAGAUACUAAGGAUUCGGAAGAAGAUCCAUCAGUUGGACAUUUUCGAGCGGCGCAUUCACAUCAUCUCAUGGAUCAUAUAAUGCAUGACAUACACGAAGGUCACGUGACACAAGAUAAGAUCAACCAUUGGUUGAAGGAGAUACAAACGGCACUUGAUCACGGCAGUCUGGACAUGGAUUCAGUCAAUGCAUUCAUGAACACGUUGAAGGACACGGGCCAUUACAGUGGAGAGAAUUGUUGUUUAUUUGGAAAAUAAAUGUCAUCCCAAGUUUUGUUAAUAAUAAUCUUUGAAUACAUGUGUUAAAGUUCA